CGCGGUGCGUGGCAGAGCUCACCCGAUCCCAGCUCCCGGCUCAGGUUCCCCCCGCCGGGAUCACCUUUCGGCCCUGCACCAUCUAUAAUUGAGCGCAGGGGCAGCGAUGCGGCGCGCGGGCAGGCACGGCCGGCAGCCCCCGCAGGGCAGCCCCAUGGAGAACGGCGUGGGGCAGGCGCCAGGCGCCCCCGAGCCCCCCGCAGCUGAGGGCCCCCGGGCCCCCCGCGCGCGGCCCAGGCUGGUGUUCCACACGCAGCUGGCGCACGGCAGCCCCACGGGGCGCAUCGAGGGCUUCACCAACGUCAAGGAGCUCUAUGCCAAAAUCGCGGAGGUCUUUGGCAUCUCCCCCACCGAGAUCCUCUUCUGCACGCUCAACACGCACAAAGUGGACAUGCAGAAGCUGCUGGGGGGGCAGAUCGGGCUGGAGGACUUCAUCUUCGCCCACGUCCGGGGCGAGACGAAGGAGGUGGAGGUGACCAAGACGGAGGACGCUCUUGGCCUCACCAUCACAGACAACGGGGCUGGUUAUGCUUUCAUCAAGAGAAUCAAGGAGGGGAGCAUCAUCAACCGCAUCCAGGCAGUGUGUGUCGGGGACAGCAUCGAGGCCAUCAACGACCACACCAUCGUGGGCUGCCGGCACUACGAGGUGGCGCGGAUGCUGCGGGAGCUGCCCCGGGCUCAGCCCUUCACCCUGCGCCUCGUGCAGCCCAAAAAGGCCUUUGACAUGAUCGGGCAGCGGACGCGGAGCAGCAAGGCCCUGGGCGAGGGCAGCGUGAGCAGCGGGAAGGAGACGCUGCGGCUGCGGGCACAGGGCCCGGCCAUGCUGGAGGAGGGGCCCAGCCCCUGCGAGGAAGAGGCCACGCGUCGGGUGGACGAUCUGCUGGAGAGUUACAUGGGCAUCCGGGACAGCGAGCUGGCCUCGACCAUGGUGGAGGUGGCGCAGGACAGCGCCGGCGCGGCCCAGCUCGCCCAUGGCCUGGCCUCGGUGCUUGGGGACUUCGCUUUCCCCCAGGAGUUUGUGGCUGAGGUGUGGGCGGCCGUGUGCCCCCCCCGAGAGGGGCAGGAGUAGGGGGGGUCCCCAUCCUGCCCCGCCAGAGCUGCACCCAAGGCUGGGGCAGUGCGGGGCACCCCCCCCCCCCCAGCUUCCCUUUGCACACCCCAAAACAGGGCUGAGGCUCAGUAAAGCAGGGAGUGGAGGAGCCCUGGGGCUGUUCCUCUUCUGUGCCCCCCCCCGUGUCCACCCAAGUGGGCACAGAG